AACUAACCUGCAAGGCUAAGUAACUCCAAUUCCCUUUGAAAAGCCUUGUGCAAGAUACCAAACUACCCUCAAAUCUAUCAUUUCAUUUCGUUUUCCCUUUAGGCUCUCCUCUCUCUAUAAAUAUGCAUUUAAGCUAAAUCUUUGUUCAUCACAAUCUCACCAAAGGUUUAGUACUAUACUAUUUGCAUCCCAUCACAGUAUCACUUGUCCUAAAAAUGACAAUUGGAAACAAGAGUUCCACAAAGGCAAACAAACUUGAUGAAUCAUCAUCACUUGUAUUAGUCCAUGUUGAUGUUGAUCAACCUCAACCUCUAUCUAUUGCACCAAUUGUAUCUUCUUAUAAUGAGAAGAUACGUCCAGUGCUUGAUGCUCUUGAAAAUCUAAGGCGUCUCAACAUUGCCAAAGAGGGAAUCCAGCUUCCAACCAUUGUUGUUGUUGGAGAUCAAUCAUCUGGAAAGUCUAGUGUCCUUGAAUCAUUAGCUGGUAUCAGCUUGCCACGUGGACAAGGAAUUUGUACAAGGGUACCUUUGGUUAUGAGGCUGCAAAACCAUUUGCUUCCACAGCCAGAGCUUGUAUUGGAGUAUAAUGGCAAACAGGUUUUAACUGAUGAAGCAAAUGUCUCUGAUGCUAUAAACACAGCUACUGAAGAGCUUGCUGGAACUGCCAAAGGGAUUUCAAACACUCCACUGACUUUGAUUGUGAAGAAGAAUGGCGUUCCUGACCUUACAAUGGUUGAUCUUCCAGGUAUAACUCGUGUUCCUGUUCAUGGUCAACCUGAUAACAUUUAUGAUCAGAUUAAGGAUAUUAUCAUGGACUAUAUAACUCCUGAAGAGAGCAUUAUCCUGAAUGUUCUUUCUGCUACUGUUGAUUUUAGUACUUGUGAGUCUAUUAGGAUGUCACAGAUGGUUGAUAAAACUGGUUUGAGGACAUUAGCUGUUGUAACAAAGGCUGAUAAAUCACCUGAAGGUUUGUUGGAGAAAGUAACUGCUGAUGAUGUUAACAUUGGUUUGGGCUAUGUUUGUGUGAGAAAUCGCAUCGGGGAGGAAUCCUAUGAAGAAGCUAGAAAUGAAGAGCAUAAGUUGUUUGAGUCUCACUCACUUCUUUCUAAGAUUGACAAAUCCAUUGUUGGUAUUCCUGUUUUGGCUCAGAAGCUUGUUCAUGUGCAAGCUAUGAUUAUUUCAAAAACUUUGCCUGAGAUAAUUAAGAAGAUCAAUGAGAAGCUUUAUAAUAGUGUACAUGAGUUAAAGAUUUUGCCUCCCAAUUUAUCUUCAUUGGCUGAUGCUAUGUCUGCUUUUCUGCAUAUUGUUUCUCUGUCAAGAGAUUCCUUGAGAAAGAUUCUUCUAAUGGGAGAAUUUGAAGAAUACCCUGAUGAUAAACAAAUGCAUUGUACUGCUCGGUUAGUGGAGAUGUUGAAUUCAUAUGUAAGUGAUCUUCAAAACUGUGCUGAAAUUGAUUCUACAAAGGAUUUCCUAAUGGAAGAGAUUGUAGUCCUUGAGGAAGCUAAGUUAAUUGGUCUUCCAAAUUUCAUGCCAAGAACUGCUUUUCUAACAUUACUUCAGAGAAAAGUGAAGGGCAUUUCUCAUAUGCCAACUAAUUUUGUUGACAAUGUGUGGAGCUAUUUGGAAAGGGUUGUUAUCUCGGUCAUGAAUCGCCACUCUGCAAACUAUUACCAGUUGCAGGUUGCUACUCGUAGAGCUGUGGAGCAUGUUAUUGCUAAGAAGAAGAGCAAUUCCAUUCAACAUGUGAUGCAAGCUGUUGAUAUGGAGAAGCACACGGAUUACACUUGUAAUCCGGAGUACUUGCAGGAAUAUAACGAGCUGAUGUCUCAUCAAGAAGCAUUUUUGAAAAAAGUUUUGGAUGAUGAUCGAUGUUCAAGUACUGUGAAGCUAGAAGGAGUUGAUGACAUUAAAGUUAAUCAUCUGAUAAUGUAUCCGAUCAAUGUGUUGAAUCAGGCCUUUGACUUGAAGGCAAGAUUAAUUGCCUAUUGGAAGAUUGUACUGAGGAGGCUCAUUGAUAGUAUUGCUUUGCAUUUGAUGCUUAGCAUCAAUGAACUGAUUAGCAAUGAUCUGCAGAAGGAGAUUUGUAAUGAACUUGGUGGCAGUGUUGAGAGGCUGCUUGAGGAAUCUCCAUCUAUUUCUGGUAAGAGACAAAGAUUAAGCAGCAGUGUGAAAGUUCUUAGAGAAAGCAAGGAGACUGUGGCCAAUAUUAUGGACAGGAUUGGAGUCUAUGGCGUUAACUAGAAGAAUUGCUUGAUGUUUCUUAAGGAUAUAUGCAGUUGUCCUAUGUUUUUUGUUUGUUCAAGUUUAUCUUGUCCUGUCGUUGCAUUUUGUGAUCGUAGUUUAAUUACUUAAUGUAUGGUUUUAUUGUCUCUACUUUCAAUUUUGUACU